AAAUAUGGACUAAAAUUUGAAAACUGAGUCAAUUUUCAGUUCCAAUCCAAUCGACGUUUUCAAACUAGUUAUGGCGAGUGGUGGUGGUGUUGUUGUGGAGCCCAAAACGAAGCUGCAAUUGUAUUCUUACUUUCGGAGCUCCUGCUCUCAACGUGUUCGUAUUGCCCUCAACUUGAAAGGUCUUGAUUAUGAAUACAAAGCAGUUAAUUUACUCAAGGGAGAGCAGUUGAGUCCUGAGUUUUUGAAGCUCAAUCCUAUUGGUUAUGUGCCGGUGUUGGUGGAUGAGGACAUUGUGCUUUCUGACUCUUUUGCAAUCUUAAUGUAUUUGGAAGAGAAGUAUCCUCAACAUCCAUUGUUGCCUCGUGAUCUUCAAAGAAGAGGCAUCAACUACCAGGCUGCAAAUAUUGUUUCCUCAAGCAUACAGCCGCUUCAGAAUAUAGGUGUACUGAAGUAUAUUGGGGAAAAAGUUCAUCCUGAUGAGAAGCUUGUUUGGGUUCAGUAUCAUAUUGGCAAAGGCUUUGCAGCUCUUGAGAAGCUAUUAAAAGAUUAUGCUGGGAAAUAUGCCACUGGAGAUGAAGUCUGUCUGGUUUGUUUCUUCCCUCCCUGCUAUCUGUGUUCAAGCCUAUAUGCAUACUGUAUGUUUAGGGGGGAUCCUUUGCAGAGUGUUAAUAUCUAAAGCCCUAAUGAAAUU